UGACAGCAGCCCUGCACUAGGUAUCAUGCUGUGUCGGGUCAUGUCUUGGUUGUGUUACCUGUCAAUCUAAACUGAGGUUUCCCAGCUCAGCAUGCUGCUGUUUAGCCUGGAUAUUUCUCUGUCAUGGAGCUAUUUCUCUGUCUUAUGCUCUGCGGGAUGUUUAGCAGUGAUUUCUGGCCUCUCCCCACUGAGGGCACCCCUUGUAAUGUCUCCAACAUGCCAGGUGUCUGUUGGGGGACAGUCACCCUGACUCAGAACCGCUCACCUAAUUUCUUCUUCUCAGCAGCCUCAGCACGCAGCCACUCACUCUAUGGAUGAGCCAAACUAAGGCUUGGAGACAUGAAAUGGCCCAGGGCCACUUAGCUAAUAAUUCACAGAGCCAGGAUGCAAAGCCCAGGCUUGCCACCAGUGCCUUUAUCUUCUGGGAAGACAGUUCCUCUGCUCCUUGGCAGGGACACCUGGAGUGUAGAUCCAGGUUGGGGCCUAUUUGGUCAGCUAGGCAACUGCCAUCAUAUUCAUUUGGAGCUACUAACUAGCAGUGGCUGCUACCUGCUUUCUGAUUUGGUUGGAACCUGAGUUGCUGAAUGUACUUAUGUGGAGAUGGUCUCCUCAGGCCCCAGGUCUGUGUCCUCACAGCAAAGUCUCUCAACCUCUUGCUUCAGGUAAGCCCUGUCACCUGAUAUGUCAUCUGUGGACACUUGUGGAGAAGAUAUCUUUAUGUACACAUGUGCAGAGAUGUUUUUAAAUUUGUGGACUGUUUGUAAAAAAGAAAACAAUCAAAAACUCCUAGCUAAGUGCCUUGGUUCUCUCAAUCCUCCCUGCUUCUCUCUUUUAUACCAAGACAUGUUCUUGGAUGGCUCCCUCUGACUUCCAGGUCCCCUACUCUGUUGCCUGAGUCCUGGCUAAUCCGUCUCAUAAUCAUUUGGGAUGGGCAGCCACACUUAUUGGGGUCUUGGCCUCUUCCAGGGGCAUAGGCAGUGUACAGAGAAGCAGACAGCUGGCCGCCCAGGCCGUGUGGCACUUAAUCUUGGAGCUGGAACAGAGAAACGUCUGUUUGUGUUUCCAUGAACAAGAGGGGACAGCUGGCCCACAGAUAGCAGGCUGGGUCAGCUGAGGGUUGCCUUGGCUGCUGGCUUUAAGCAAACAUUCAGGGCCAGGAGCCUGGACGGAAGAAGGAUGGAGAAGCACUUGGCAGCCCUUGGAAGAGCCACCUGAGGGCUGGUGUCUGGCCUGGCCGUGUGGAAAUCUCUAUGGGUGGUGGCUGUUAGGGAAGUGGCUCCUAGGCCCUGAAGGCCCUCCCUGGAAGCAAACCUCAGUAUUGGGACUUUGCCUGGCAGAUGUGACUGGUGCACCGGCAGCUUCUCCAAGCCAUGGCUGAUACCAUCUUUGGCAGUGGCAGUGACCAAUGGGUUUGUCCCAACGACCGGCAGCUGGCCCUGCGAGCCAAGCUGCAGACAGGCUGGUCUGUGCAUACCUACCAGACAGAGAAACAGAGGAGGAGCCAGUGCCUGAGCUCGGCAGAGGUGGAGGCCAUCCUGCAGGUCAUCCAGAGGGCCGAGCGGCUUGACAUCAUGGAGCAGCAGAGAAUUGGGCGGCUGGUGGAGCGGCUGGAGACUAUGAGGCGAAAUGUGAUGGGGAAUGGCCUUUCCCAGUGCCUGCUGUGUGGGGAGGUGCUGGGCUUCCUGGGCAGCUCUUCAGUAUUUUGCAAAGACUGCAGGAAGAAAGUCUGCACCAAAUGUGGGAUCGAGGUCACCCCUGGCCAGAAGCGGCCCCUGUGGCUGUGUAAGAUCUGCAGCGAGCAAAGAGAGGUCUGGAAAAGGUCUGGAGCCUGGUUCUACAAAGGGCUCCCCAAGUAUAUCUUGCCACUGAAGACUCCUGGCCGAGCAGAUGACCCUCACUUUCGACCUUUGCCAGUGGAGCCGCCAGAACCCGAGCCCCGAAGUGCUGAGGCCAGCCGCAUCUACACAUGGGCUCGAGGGAGAGUGGUUUCCAGCGACAGUGACAGUGACUCAGAUCUCAGCUCCUCCAGCCUGGAUGACAGACUUCCACCUGCUGGGGUCAAAGACAUGAAAGGUGAUAAACCUGGAGGAGAGUCAGAGCCUUCAAGAAACCUCACAUCCUUUUCAAGUGGUUGCUAUCGACAGGAGAUGAUACAAGAGCCCAAAAGUUCUACAUUAGGAAAGAAUAAAGGAAAAGGACUUGCCUGCUUUGGUUUCCAAGGCACGCCUCCCCCCCUCCUCCCACCCCUCACACCAACUCUCAGCUAUGACCAAGCAGAGCUAAGAGAUGGGAAAGGACUGGCUGAAGUAUCACAGGCUCCACAUCUGCUCUCAGCCAUGUUUGAGAGAGAAUUCUUUAAUGAAUAUAAACAGGAAGUAAUAUUUCCUUCUCUCUGCAGCUGAGUUAACAUAUCUUCCCCCACCUUCAUUCUGUAAAGUUAGGAAAAGCUAGCAAUUGUGCUUUCACAUUGGUGACCUGUUCCUUAAUGAAAUGGCCUAGGGUUUUCUUUCUAUUGCCUUGGUAUAGUAUCAGGCCAAUUAGCAGAGGCAGAAGUUAGGUCCUGUUAGAACAUUCUAGAAGACAGCAGCCAUGUGAAUGAGGGCAGCUCCCAACAUAGGAUUUGCAGG